AUGGCCCAGGAGAUUCCAACUGGCUACAGCGGAGUGUGGCAGACAAGCGAGUUGAUCGGCUAUGGCACACACUAUAACGUCUUGUUCAACGAGACUAUGCCGGGUGUCAAUGGGACCCAUGUAUCGAACGAUAUAUGGGGAUUAGACACUAGGAACAUGAACGAGGUCGAGCAUUUAUAUUACGCGGACAGGCCGAUCCCAAGGAUGGUCACGGGGUGUGACGAUGAAUGCGAAGUUACGAUCCAGGCCCCAGCGCUGGCCAUCACCGACUGCACCUCGCACGCCGUGCCGGUCAAUUACACCGAUUCAAUGGGACUACUCAAAGGACAGCCGUCUGUUACAGCAGGUCCGCUAGACCGGCAAGCAUUUCUUGUAGCCAACGUGCUGGUGGCUCCACCAGGCGAGGACGAAACAAUCCAGCUCUUCACAGGCUACUCAACUACGACGGAAUGCGCUGGAACCUACAACUACACCUCUUGCUCGCUUCACUCCGCAAUUGGCGAGUACAACAUCUCAAUCAAAGCCAACUUAUCUACGAUUGAUACAUCGACACCGCCGCGUAUCAUAGCAUUCGCCAACAAUACCCAUGCCAACAUGACCAUCGAUCCUCGCUUCCAAGCCUACCCUUCGACGCUCGGUGGAUUGGUCGGUGCGUUGACGGGGGCAUGGCGCUGCUCAAUGACUACGUACAAAGAGAGAGGGGCGCAGCAGUGGCUCACGUCCAACAAACCUCUGUACAUGCGGUAUGCUCAGAACACGAACGGCGAGUGCCCGUCGUUCAACGAUCCGCUGCCGGACAUGCUUGCAGAGCUCAAUAAGCUAAUGGUCUACACGGGCGCCAUUGCAGGACAUGAGCAGAUUGAGGAUCUGCAACCGCGAAUGGAUCCAGGGGUCGCUGCGAGAACGAGGACUACUGCUAUUGGGCACAAGGUUGGGAAGCUGAAUGUGUUUCAGACUGACUAUUGGUGGUUCUUUGGUGCAGCUUUGGUUGAGGUCAUUUGUAUCUGUUUCGUGGCACCUGCCUACUGGGGAUGGUGGAGACUAGGACGAUCGGUGUCGUUCUCGCCGUUGGAGAUCGCAAAAGCCUUCGAAGCGCCCAUGCUUGCCGCAUGCGACUCGAACUCCACCGGUCGUGACGCCGCGAAAGCCAUGGGUGAUGUGAGAGUCGACUAUGGUUUUUCAAUCGAUGCUGCAGGACUCGAGACGACGAAACUUGCUUUCUUGUACUCUGGACCGUUCGAACAGUCUCAGAAGGAUCGCCAUGCCUCCUCUGAGAUUCACGGCUCGCCAGUCUAA